AUGAGAGAGUUCAGUUUGUUUCUUCUGUGCCUCCUUCACAUCUCCAGGAAGGGUGUGCAGUCCAAUGGCUGGUCCGUUCACGUCCCAUCUGAUGUCAAUGGUGAACUUGGGAAGAUGGUUAUCCUGCCCUGUACUUUCACACACCCCUACAAAACAUUCGACCGGACCCUCACCGCCAUUUGGAGGAUCAAGGAACCUUACAACGGCACGAUAGUUUUCAAGUGCAUUAGUCAGAGCGCCAGCGAGCUCUGCAAGACUGCCGUCAGCUACAAAAACAAGUACAAACUGCUUGGCAACCCUCGGCACAAGGACCUUUCCAUCAGGAUUGACAACCUGACCUGGAGCGACAGCGAGAGAUACUUCUGCCGGGUGGAGUUGUCCGGAGAUAUCCACGACAAGUAUGAAAGCAGGAAUGGGAUAAAGCUGCAUUUGAUUGCUGCCCCCAGGAUCAUUAACAUCACCGUCAGCUCCAACGGGGAUCGCACCUUCCAGGCACGCUGCACUGCCGAGGGGGAGCCAGCGCCCGCUCUGACCUGGACCGGACCGCCCUACAGCAACCUCACCUCCAUCACCAGCAUGAACCACCGUGUCACCAAGGAGCUCCGGUACUUGACCCAUGAUGGAAAAUAUACCUGCACUGCUGUCAACAGCCACGGGAGAGCAGAGGGGGCUGUGUACUUCUAUAAAUUCAAAGCAUCCAACAGCUCCUUCUUCCUGAUCCUGAUCUUUGUGCCGCUGGGAAUUAAAGUGCUCAUUUUGCUGGUGAUACUGGGCUUCACCGUUUUCUCGAGAGGAGGUCCCUCCUCUGCCUCAUCCAGCCUGGCCCGGCCACAGCUGCAAGACUCCACCUACGAGAACUUUGACCGCAGACACUGCGGCAGCCAGACUUUGCCGACAGAAGGAACAGCAUCGAGAUGCAGCUGA